AUGUCCGACCCGGGAGAGUUGCCCGUACUGCCAGCAAGUGAUGACAUCGUCAACCCGAUCCUCCUGGGCAUCGCCUCCUUCCACGUCCUCGAGGUGCUGUUGGCCGUCUUCCAAACCUUCGAGCGCCACCAGGGGCUCUAUUUCGGCAGCAUCACAGUCUCGCUCGUCAGUCUGACCGGCUACAUUGCCAGCUUAUUCAUGAUGCACUUCUCGGAUGAACCGAACGUCCUAUCUGCGGCCGGCUACGUGCACGUGGUCUCAUAUGCAACCCUCUUAACGGCACACAUCCUGGUCCUGUACUCGCGGCUGCAUCUCGUGCUGUAUAGCCGGCGCCUCCUCCGCUGGAUUCUGGUAAUGAUAAUCGCGACCUCGGCUGCGCUCGGCCCCUUGCACAUCACGACAAUGUCGCUCUACGUGUCGACAUUCUACUCCAAGCGGUAUUAUGAUCUUGAACUGACCACCGAGUUCGUUGUUGUAUUCGGAGCUAUGGCGCGCGAGUUCUUUAUCUGUGGCAUCUACAUCGUCCAGGCAUACUGCAGCUUUCACCCGAUCGCGCAAAUGAAAGGGAAGACCGGGCGGCGCGUCUUGAUGCACUUGAUGCUUGUCCAGGCAUGUGCAAUUGCGCUGGAUAUCGGGAUUGCGGUACAGUUUUCUCAACCUGCUUUGCGCCGGGCGGCGAAUGGGUAUAAUGCACUGAUGUUCAGCAUCAAGCUGAAGAUGGAGGUUGCGGUGCUCAAUUCGCUUGUUUGUUUGCUUAAGAGUCCGAUUAUUCUUGGCUCGCGGUCGGGGUCAGAUGGCGAGCUGGAGCUGGAGGGGGGCGGGGUGAGUCUGAACUUGGGGCUUGCGGCCAGCGGCGUGACGAACAGGUCGGGACCAUAG